AUGCGUGCUACUUUGUCUGGAUUGUUGCUGGCUGCUGCGGCCUCAACAGCAGUUGCCCACGGCCACGAGGGUCACGCAAAGGUUCAUCAAGAGUAUGCUAGAGCAGCGGCAGUUGAUACUUCGACGUUGAAGGGCAAGUGGCUGUACGGUUAUCAGGGCUGGUUCCGCAAGCCAGCAUCCGGUGUAAACAGCCAUUGGUCUGCCCAGGGUGGAACUCCAGGACCCGGCAAUGUCGAAUUCGAGUUUGUGCCCGAUGUCAGCCAGUAUCCGGCCAACUGCCUGUUCACGUCAACUCUGACAGCACCCAACGGCCAACCCGUGCAACUCUACGACAACACUUGCCAAGGAGUCGUCGACUUACAUUUCAAGUGGAUGCAGCAGUACGGAAUCGACGGAAUCAUUGUACAGCGAUUCCUCAGUCAUCUCACCGAUGCCUCUUUCAUCACAGUCAGUCAUCGCCCCCAAAUCUAUAGACAAGAGACUCCAGCAACAACCAACACAUUGACCAACUCCCAGAUCCUCAACCAAGUCGAAGCCGCCGCCGUCAAAUACGGCCGAGGCUUCAUCGUCGAAUACGACGCCUCAGGCGGAAACUCGGCCACCGGCAGCGUCGCCGCGCAGAUCCUCGCCGACUACAACGCCAAGAUCAAGCCCUACACAACCUCGCCCGCCUACAUCCACCACAACGGCAAGCCCGCCGUCAUGGUGUUUGGCGUGGGCUUCCCCACCGUCGCCAUCAACGUCACCGACGGCGCAAACAUUGCCACGCAGCUCAAGAACGCCGGUGCCUAUGUUGGAUAUGGCGUGCCGGGCAACUUUGGCACGGAUGUCAGGGCAAACACGGGCUUUGCGGCGGCGUACAAGGCGGCCAACUUGAUCAGCCCUUGGACUGUGGGCGGCUACAGCAACGGCGGUUACUUGAAGGGAUACCACACGACGACUCAGAUUCCGGAUUCUCAAACCCUCCAAUCCCUCGGCAUCGAUCACGCCCCCCUCAUCUGGCCCGGCACCUCGGCCUACCACCUCAACGGCGUCAACACGCCCGCCAACUUCGACUACUUCCCCCGUUUCAACGGCUCCUUUUACUCGAUGCAGGCCGACGCAAUCACUUCCCUCGCGGCCAAGCCGCUGUUUGCAUUCAACGCCAUGUUUGACGAAGUCAACGAAGGUGAGCCCCAUCAUAUGCAGCAUCUCCAUGCCUACAUCUUCAACCAACUCACUCACAAUCUCCCCACCAACGAAAAGUUUGUGGGCUACGACAACACUUUUACCGACACUGCGUUUUACCUCGAGCUCGGUGGCCAAAAGGCCGCUGCGUUUGCGGCUGCAGUCAAAUAA